AUGAAAUUCGGCACAUUAUCCUUAUUAGCUUUAACAGUAGCUUCAGUUGCUAAUGCAAUUCCGGUCGCCAGAGGAGACUUCAAAGACAUACAUUUCGGUAUUGAGGCAUCAAAUUCUGAAACUAAAUUUGACUGCGACCCAAUUAAGAAGGUCGACAGCCAUCCUCAUGUCUUCUGUGUCGGUGGAAAUGACGGUAACGAUGUUUCUUUAACAUUGAGAGAAGAUGGAUCCUUAGUUGAUCAAGACGGUCGUGGUAUCUAUGUCAACCCAAAUACUGGUGAGUUCGGAAAUGUCGAUCCAUGGGGCGAGCAACAACCAUCUUGCGGCUUCGAAAUUAAAGACAACCAUUUGACCUACCAAGGCACAAAUGACUGGAAGGCAUGUCCAAGUGGACCAGACAUUUACUCCUUGGCAAGAAAUGACUGUACUGGUGGUACUGACAUUGACUUGAAGGUUCUCGACCCACAUUGCGACUAG